UUAUUGUCCAGGGAAUAGUUGCCUUGAUCCCCUUAUAUUGAGCGUUGGUGAUUAUAACCCGAAGCAGAAAUUUUGCACUCUUUUGAAUGAUCAUACAUUUUUUUUCCACGCAUUUAUUUUGAAAAUCACUCAUUUACAGCGUCUUUGAAGUAGACUAGAGAUCUUUAGUGGGUUUUCCCCAGCAACCAUCUUAAAAGAAAAUACCAUGCUGUGUCUGGUCUGUGAUCAGAAUUUAACAGACGUACAUGUACCUCAUUCAAUAGAGACAUAUCAUGCAUGCAAACACAUGUAUAUAAUUAUAUUGCAGUUCAAAGUUUAAAUCAUCUGUACUUGUCCGUUCGCCGACAUACUACCGAUUCUGUCACUGUUAAACGUUGCCUUCAAGUCACCAAUCAAAUUGUGAACUUUGAUGCGAUGGCGUCCGGCGUGCCAACACCUGAUGUAUUGAAAUCAACGGUUAGUCUAUCAGCAACAAACAGUAAGGUGGGAUCUAAGGUCGAGGUCCAUUUAACCCUCCGUGGAAGCCGAGGGAAUCCCAUGGUAGGAGCAGGUUUGAUGUCCUCUGUAGAUGCCAUUGUUCAAUUACCAAACGGGAAUACUGAGCGUAUCGAAUUCCCCGAUGCAAUACCCGCCGGUGGUGUUUGCAAGGCUCUGCUGUGGCUGAAAAAUGUAGGUGUCCAUCAGGUCUGCGUAAAGAUCUGCGGCGUUGAGGUGAAAGGAAGUCCUGUCAAGGUAGUAGCGGGGAUCCGUGGAAAUCUUCUGAACACUUACAAGCCGCCCAUGAAUCAACCCCAUGAUAUCAUACAGCGUGAGAACAUCUUCGUGGUUACGGACAAGUCCAACAACCAGGUUCAGGUGUUUGAUAAGAAUUCCGUCCUGCCAACAAGUUCUGUUCGCCUGAAGAUAGCGACAUGGGCAAGUUUGAUCCUUAUGCCAUUGCCUGGACGGGGGAAACCUUCUCGAGUUCAAGAACUUUGUCCCGUUUCAAGUGUUCGGCGGGAGACUCUUCAGCAACCUUGCGGGAUAGCGGCGGGUAAAGAUGGCUCGGUGUACGUGGCAGACGGUCAGAAACACUGUAUCUUUGUCUUCGACAAGCAUCGAGAAUGCACAUCCAUCAUCGGCGGUCAGGGGUCAGCUCUCGGGCAACUGAACACGCCGUGGUUUAUGGCGAUGAACUCGAGGGGUAACCUGGUAGUUGCCGAGUUCAAGAACCGAAGGGUGCAGGUGUUCAAUCCGAAGAGGCGACAGGCUGUUAAGAUCAUUGACGUCAAACACAAUGGCAAGGCGUGGGACUGUAGAGGCCUUGCGUUGGAUCAAAACGACAAUGUCUACGUGACCGUCCGCAGUGGAUUCAUGCGAGGCUGGAGUGUGGAAUGUGUUCUGGUCUACGCUCCAAACGGAGAUUUCCUGGGAAAUUUCGGAGAUGGAUUCAACUAUGUCCGAGGGAUUACCGUCGUCGCAAAGGGCCAGAGCACAAUUGCCUAUGUGGUCGAUGGCGCGCACAACCGCAUUGUAGAAUAUGAGAUGUAG